AUGCCUCCCGAAGAAUAUGAAGAAAUCAAAUUCCUGACCACAACCUUGGUUCAGCUGGGUCAUUAUUACAAUAAUCAAUCAAACAGCUCCUUGCUUGAAGGAGUAAUGAAAGGCUUUGGUUGGAGAAAAGGAUACGGCCAAGACAUGGAACACUUUGGAACAUAUACACCAGCAAAAGUCAAAACUGAGGAGGACUAUAGAAAAUGGAGGGCUCUUCUACUUCAACUGCCAAUGGUCGAGUCAAUAAUAUCCAGACGAUUUCAAAAACUUGCACCUGGAGCAUUUCAUCAGUCGGUGGAGAAGAUGAAAUCAGCCAAGAUACCCAGCUUUGCCUCCCCAGAAUUUGACCAAGUUCCAUCUUUACCAUUCGCAUCCAAUCUCACAGCCACCUGGGGGGAAUUCUAUAACCGAGCUCAUAUAGAUAACAAUACUGGCCAAACAAUUGGAGGAUUCAGUGCCCGUGAUGCACAGGUGAGGAGGUUGAUUCAAGGGUUUUUAAAUCCCCCAUUUAAACUCCAUUAUUUGCCCAUGGGGACCCUUGACAAAUGA